UAUUAAUAUGUCUCUCCUCUUGACAACCAGUCUUUACUAUGACAUCCCAGCCACCCUUAGAGCAUCAUUCUGCUAUACCUGUUAUCUGCCAGCAGCAGGACAUUUUAUAAAAUAAACACUGUAUUAUUAGGAUAUCGGUAUCACAGAAUUGCUCCAUGAUCACCCAGACAUAUUUUGUUGUUUCCUUGGCCAAAAUCUAGUUUAUUAUUUUUAUUGCAGGAACAAAAAAAAAUGCUUUUGGGCAGCAAGAGCUCAUGAGCAAUAUAUAUAUAUAUAUAUAUAUAUAUUAUACUGUAGGUGGGACUGAGAAAGUUCAGAUCAGGCCGGAUCAGAUCCCAGGCUGUUUAAUAAUGAGCGGCAGCGUGUUGCUAUUAUUGUUAAAUAUAUGGCUAAUUAUGCGUAUGAAAAUGACACAUCAGUGUUAUGCUAAUGAGGCUGCUUCAGCUGGAUCACAGCUCUAGAGAGGAGAAUUAAUCGCACGAGUCACUCGCUGCUACAGCUGCACGUGUGAACUUUCACAAGAUCAUUUCCCUCUGCUACAGUCACACCGCUAAAUUAGCAAUGAAAUAAUUACCAACACUUUCUAAUUAUGUCGAGUCGUUUUGGGACUCUCCGUGGGAUUUAUUUUGCCCUAGUGCCUGUAGCUUCCCCCCAGUCAUGUCCGAACACAACUUUCUAUUGCUCGAGACAGUCUCUUAAAGGACAUGUAUAAUCUAAAAAUAAUAUUUGGCGGAAUGGGGAAAAAAUGUAAUUCUAAUCACCUUUCUAACGGGCGUUCAUUAAAAAUAUCUAAUGGCUUUAAAGUUCUUUGUAUAUUAUUGAUAUAGCGCCAACAUAUUUGGCAGCGCUAUGUGUAAGUGCAACUGAAAGUAUUUUCCGUCCCUUUGCGCAUUGUUUCUUGGCUUCGGAUAAUGUAGCUAAAAUCAGCCUUAUGUGCUUCUUCUCCUCUAGUAAAAUCUGCUGCCUUCUGCUACAUUGUUUCCAAAAAUGUCUAUCGAAAUUAAACGUACAAGUAUCUUUAAAACAAUGAAUGUUUAUCGAGCAAAAAAAUUCUAUUUUGGGGUUUCACAUUCCCUUUCUAUGAAUCGUGAUUGAUUAUUAGUCGCGCUGUAACAAUUAUUAUAAGGUGAUUAUAAUUCGUAUUCGUGCAGGUGUCAUUCCACCUGAUAUGCAGCCUAAUCACCAUCAUUAAUGUUUAUCGUUUGGUCCGGGUCGUUAUCAACCUCACAAGAUGGAAAUCGUUUGAGUGCCUCAUUUCUCUUUAUCAGGAGCAGCAGUUUGCAAACCAUCAUUUUGUAGCAGAAGGAACUCGGGCGUUUGUGCCCUGCCAGUGUCCCCGGCCUGUGUGUGCCAGUGGCCGAUCUCCCAGAUUGUAUUGGGAUCGCGCCGCUCUCCAUUCCACACAACCAGUGGUAGAUCCACGCUCACUCCCCAGUCGCUGCACAGCCCGAGGCACGCUUUAUCCAAUCACAGCGUUCUGAUUCAGCCGGCUGACCAAUAAGCGCAGUCGCUUCAUGAAUAUGCAAAGCGGGCUGAGUCAAAGCUCCUGGGCGAGUUGGUGGAGCUCCCACAGCCCCGCGCUUUGGACUUUUUUUUUUAUUUCCUAUUUUUCCUCCCCAAAGAGACAAACUCCAUUUUCUUAUGAAUGGAAAGUGAAAAAAUCCGCUCCUCUUAAAUUGGGAUCCCCACUCGUUUAGCGGGAGGACCCCCUGAAAGCACAAGGGGGGACCCGGGCAAUAUCGUUAUCCUAAUAAAGGCUGGAGGGAAGCGAGAAGCAAUGACCAUGACUAGCAUGCCAGAGAGCCUUAGUAGCCCGGUGUCAGGCAAGGCGGUGUUCAUGGAAUUUGGGCCUCCGAACCAGCAGAUGCCUCCUUCCCCCAUGUCUCACGGCCACUACUCCAUGCACUGCCUGCACUCUCAGCACGACACUUCGUACAGCGGCGCCUCGUCCUUCUCUAGAGCCCUGGGCUACCCAUAUGUCAACUCGGUGAGCAGCCAUUCCUCUAGCCCCUACAUCAGCACCGUGCAGUCCUACCCCAACAGCUCCAGCCUCAGCCAGAGCCGCUUAGAGGAGCCAGGGCCCGACACGGAAAAGAGCACUGUGGUCGAAGGAGGAGAGGUUCGAUUCAACGGGAAAGGGAAAAAGAUCCGCAAACCCAGGACUAUCUACUCCAGCCUCCAGCUCCAGGCUCUGAACAGGAGGUUCCAACAAACCCAGUACCUGGCACUGCCCGAGAGAGCCGAGUUGGCCGCUUCCUUGGGACUCACUCAGACACAGGUUAAAAUCUGGUUCCAAAAUAAAAGAUCCAAAUUCAAGAAACUGAUGAAACAGGGUGGAGCCGCGUUGGACAGCACCGCAUUGGCUAAUGGCAGGUCCCUCUCUAGCAGUUCCCCAUCAGUGGCCCCUGUAUGGAACACCAAUGCCUCCUCUGGCAAGACUUCCUCUGGAACCCCAGGAGCUUACAUUCCAAGCUACACUUCCUGGUAUCCUUCAGCCCACCAAGAAGCUAUGCAGCAAUCUCAGUUGAUGUGAUGCCAUGGUCUGACUUCAUGAGAGGGUAAAAGUGUCCAGAGGAGAGGAGCAAUCAGACUUACUGCAUUCUUUGUAUGAUUCCAAAACACAGCAAACGCACGUGAUCCGGGCUGGUACCCACACAGUGAGAUCAGCAGACUCUGCAUCUCCCCAUCCUCUCUGCCUGGCCCCAUAAGGAAGAGGAGCAACUGUACCUAGGGCACAAGGACCAAAACAUGUUUCUAGGGGCAGGGGGUGAAUAACACUGACUUAUCAUGUCUGUCAUUGUCUUGGUUAUUUUCCAAACUUUGUUAUUGUCAAAAAUAUAUUUUAAAUAUCUUCCUCAAUGGAACCGAUUUUGUUGUUUAAAUCGGUGGUCUCUCCCAUGGGGGAUAGUUACUUUUUUUUGGUGAGCCAGUAAAUUCUAAACUAUUUAUUUAUAAGGGAUGAAUAUAAUGGGUUAUUGUUAAGGUUGCUGGAUACAGGUCUUAUUGCUAAAAUAAACCAUUAAAGAAAAAGGGAAUAUAGUUUUUCAAUACACACGAAAUAAGACAGUUUUCCGAAAACGUAUAUUCAGGAUAAUUUCCCAUAUUACAAAUGAAGCUUAUUUUGUUAGAGCUUCUGGUAUUCAUAUAAGGCAGGCAUUUAUCAUCUUACUGUCACAGUCACACCAUUAAAGUGUUAGUUACAGUAAUACUUUCACUGUUACUGUGUUGGUUACAUUAAUACUCAGUUACAGUGUUGGUUACAGUAAUACAUUCACUGUUACUGUGUUGGUUACAGUAAUACUCACAGUGUUAGUUACAGUAAUACGUUCACUGUUACUGUGUUGGUUAUGGUAAUACUCACAGUGCUGGUUACAGUUAUACUUUCACUGUUACUGUGUUGGUUACAGUAAUAUUUUCACUGUUACUGUGUUGGUUACAGUAAUACUCAGUUACAGUGUUUGUUACAAUAAUACUUUCACUGUUACUGUGUUGGCUACGGUAAUACUCAGUUACAGUGUUGGUUACAGUAAUACUCACAGUGUUAGUUACAGUAAUACUUUCACUGUUACUGUGUUGGUUAUGGUAAUACUCACAGUGUUGGUUACAGUUAUACUUUCACUAUUACUGUGUUGGUUACAGACAGUAAUACUCAGUAACAGUUUUAGUUACAGUAAUACUUUCACUGUUACUGUGUUGGUUAUGGUAAUACUCACAGUGUUGGUUACAGUUAUACUUUCACUAUUACUGUGUUGGUUACAGACAGUAAUACUCAGUAACAGUGUUGGUUACAGUAAUACUUUCACCGUUACUGUGUUGGUUACAGUAAUAAUGAGUUACAGUGUUAGUUACAAUAAUACUUUCACUGUUACUGUGUUGGUUACAGUAAUACUCAGUUACAGUGUUAGUUACAGUAAUACCUUCAGUCUUUGGGUGUUGAUUAUAGUAACAGUUUCACUAUGACAGUGUGUUACAGUACAAGGCCUGUUAUGUACAGUGAUUCUAUCCCCAAGAGAAACUGGUAGGAUAGGAGCCAGGCCAUCAGGGCUAGUUUUAAGGUAGGUUACCUGUUGGAUAUUGAAUGUAUACAUCAGAGGUGUCCGACCAACAGCCCCCCAGCUAUUGUUGCACUGCUAAUCCCAGUUCUUGUCUGCUAAAAUAGGAGGUUAAAGUCCAACCCAGUUGAAUUUAUUUAAAAAAGUGGGUUCCUGCAUUCCAACAGUACCAGGAGCCGUGCAGGCCCUUGACUUUAUACAGUUGUCCCUUUAAGUCUGAUGCCAUUCCAUAAAUGCCAGUAGAAGUAUGUCCUGUCCUUGCCUUUGCUAAACCCCUUAUGUGCCGGGAAAGAGAAAAGCCCCACAUUGCAGAGUAGUGUGUGAGUUUGUGAGUGAGUGUGAGUGAGUGUGUGUGUGGGGAGGGGUUAAACCUCUGCUGUUGCUAAGAUACUGGGCGCAAAGUAUAAAUGUACAUAUUAUUAAUAUCGUUCUGUAAACAUGUUGCACAGGUUUUAGCCCCAUUUCUGUUUUGUGUUCCUGUAACCACGAUUCUUGAAAUCUUUGUGAAGAGACAAAAAAAACAAACUGAAAAUGAUGUGUUUUCCUUCAAUCAAUUGUGUUUAGUGUUUCUUCUAUGUCAGAAGUUUAGUUUUAUAUUGAGAAUGUUAAAUUAUUGCUUUGUAUCUUACGGAAAAAAAUAACUUUGUAAAUAAGUUAUAAAGUUUGUUUAAAGCCAGUAAAAUAUGGUUUUGAAAAAGAUUCCUUGUAGAGUUUUGAUGUUAUUAACAUGUUCAAUCACUUUACUCGUUAUUUGAUUUAAUGCCCACAGGAAAUAUCAAUAUGUUUUGCACGUACAAAAAUCAUAUUUAUGGCUGUACUGGCAAUGAAGUUAAGCUAUAAUUGCAGGAUUUUAGGCAUAAUUGUAAUAAAUACGAAUUUACAAGCACAUGAUCGAUAAUAGCUUAUAAUACUUCUGAGAUGCAAUAAUUACAGAACUGUGUUGAUAUUUAUUCUAACCCAGAUAUAGAAUGAAUUUGUAUACACACACUAAAAAUAUGGAAAUAAUCAUAAUCUCGGCUGAUAAAAAAAGUUACAACAAAGUAAACAUGGGGAAUAUUCAGAGAUAAAGAGUAUUUGGAGAAAAUGGUGUUAUUUGCGCUCAUUAAAACUCCCUACACUGAUCUGUUUUUCCCCACCAUGUGAUCUAUGGAAACAGCGCCGUGACUACAAACCCGAAUGUGAAAUCAGUCUCUGGACACGGAUGUUGAUUAUUAAGCUAAAUUAACUCAAUUCCUAUAUAUAUCAAUACCAAUUUGAGGCAUUUUUUCCCCUGAGGAAGAUCACUAUGAUGUGAUCGAAACGUUGGGAAUUCUUUUGUUUUUUUUCUAUUAAAAUCAGUUAC